GUGGUGUUUGGAAGCUAGACCAUGUGCCUAGGUAGAUGUCAUUCCUUUCUCCAUAGCUCUACACCCCCAGCAACGCUCACCACACCCUUGUUUUGAGAACCUCUCUGAGACUGAAGACUGCUCUGUGCCCUGCUCUUCCCUGUGGUUCUUGGAGGUAGCCCUCUCUCUCUGCUGGUGUCAUACGGAUCCCAUCCUCAAGACGGAUGACCUUAUUGUGGGGACAUUGGCCAGUAGGCACUUUCCACCGGUCCAGUGUUGAACUCAGCCCUGCAGGAGCCCAGGACGCACAGACAAGUGCUACAAAGCCCCAUCACCACUCAAGUCAGUCCAGGAGCAGUCUGCAGACGUGUAUUUGGAAGCCACUGGACCAGAUCAUUUCUGAGGUCCCCUUCAGCUCUAACAUCCUCCCUUGCCAGCAUCCAGCCAUGGGGGAUAUGAAAACUCCAGAUUUUGAUGACCUCCUGGCUGCCUUUGACAUCCCAGACCCCACUAGCCUCGAUGCCAAGGAGGCCAUCCAGACCCCCAGUGAGGAGAAUGAGAGCCCCCUCAAACCUCCAGGCGUGUGCACGGAUGAGAGUGUGUCCCUGUCUCACUCAGGGUCAUCCUCAGAUGUCCCGGCCGUGAGUGUCAUUGUCAAGAACACAAGCCGCCAGGAGUCCUUUGAAGCGGAGAAAGACCCCAUCGCUCCCAGCCUCCUACACAAUGGAUUUCGGGGCUCGGACCUGCCUCCAGAUCCCCACAACCUGGGCCACAACUGUGGGAAGUUUGAUUCCACUUUCAUGAACGGAGACAGUGCCAGGAGUUUCCCUGGCAAGCUAGAACCUUCCAAGUCAGAGCCGUUACCGACCUUUAACCAGUUCAGUCCAAUCUCUAGCCCAGAACCCGAGGAUGCCAUCAAAGAUAAUGGGUUUGGAAUGAAGCCCAAGCACUCUGACAGUUAUUUUCCACCCCCUCCUGGGUGUGGGCCUGUGGGGGGCCCAGUCCUGGAGGCUCUGGCUAAGUUUCCAGUCCCAGAGCUCCAUAUGUUUGAUCACUUCUGUAAGAAGGAGCCCAAGCCAGAACCUCUGCCCUUGGGGAGUCAACAGGAACACGAGCGAGGUGGGCAGAAGGUGGGGGAGCCUCACAAGGAGCUGGAUGCCAGUCGAUUCUUUGGGGAAGCUUUGGAAUUCAACAGCCACCCCAGCAACAGUAUUGGAGAGCCGAAGGGGCUUGCCCUGGAACUUGGCACUUGCUCGUCAGUCCCCCCUAGGCAGCGUCUGAAGCCAGCUCAUUCCAAGCUUUCCUCUUGUGUUGCAGCCUUGGUGGCCCUGCAGGCCAAAAGAGUGGCCAGUGUCACCAAGGAGGAUCAACCUGGCCACGCAAAGGACCCCUCAGGGCCCACUAAAGAGGGCUCCAAAGGUAGCCCCAAAAUGCCCAAGUCACCAAAGAGUCCCCGGAGCCCUCUGGAGGCCACUAGAAAGAAUAUCAAGCCAUCGGACAGCCCUCGGAGCAUCUGCAGUGACAGCAGUGGCAAAGGCUCCCCUUCAGUGGCUGCCAGCUCCCCACCAGCAAUCCCCAAAGUCAGAAUCAAAACCAUUAAGACGUCAUCGGGGGAAAUCAAACGGACCGUCACGAGGAUCCUGCCAGACCCUGACGAUCCCAGUAAGUCCCCCGUUGGAUCACCUCUGGGGAGUGCCAUUGCCGAGGCCCCCAGCGAGGCGCCGGAGGACGAGGUCACCGCCUUGCCGACUGUGGCGCCCUCUCCUGAGGUGGGCACAAAUUCCGGGAGCCCCCAGGGUGACAAGAAAGGGGAUGAGAGCACCCCGAAGGCCGGUGAAUCGGCGUCUCCGUGCGGCAGCUCCGGGCCCCGGGUCCCAAAGGGGGCUGCCCCCGGUGCGCAGAGCGGCAAGAAGCAACAGCAGAGCACUGCGCUGCAGGCGUCCGCCCUGGCCCCCGCCACCCUCCUGCCCAAGGCCGUGCACCUGGCCAACCUGAACCUCGUGCCCCACAGCGUCGCCGCUUCCGUGACGGCCAAGUCCUCGGCGCAGCGGCGGAGCCAGCCGCAGCUCCCACAGAUGUCGGUUCCCCUGGUCCACCAGGUGAGGAAGGCCGCCCCGCUGGUGGUGGAGGUCUUCAACAAGGUCCUCCACAGCUCCAACCCCGUGCCCCUCUACGCGCCAAAUCUCAGCCCCCCCGCCGACAGCAGGAUCCACGUGCCGGCCAGUGGCUACUGCUGCCUGGAGUGCGGGGACGCGUUCGCCUUAGAGAAGAGCCUGAGCCAGCACUACGGCCGGCGGAGCGUCCACAUCGAGGUGCUGUGCACGCUGUGCUCGCAGACGCUGCUCUUCUUCAACAAGUGCAGCCUGCUCCGGCACGCCCGCGACCACAAGAGCAAGGGGCUGGUCAUGCAGUGCUCGCAGCUGCUCGUGAAGCCCAUCUCCGUGGACCAGAUGUUUGUGUCGGCCCCCGCCAGCUCCCCGGCCCCAGCGGCCCCAGCGCCCCCCGCCUCCCCCAAGCCCGGCCUCACUGCGGCCACUGCCAGCCCAACCCUCCCGGCCUUGCCGCUCUACCCGGACCCCGUGAGGCUCAUCCGGCACGGAAUCAAGUGUCUCGAAUGUCACAGGCAGAUACGCGACUACAUGGCUAUGGCUGCCCAUUUCCAGAGGACGGCGGAGGAAACCGAGGGGCUGACUUGCCAGGUGUGCCAGAUGCUGCUGCCCAACCAGUGCAGCUUCUGCGCCCACCAGCGGAUCCACGCCCACAAGUCCCCCUACUGCUGCCCGGAGUGUGGGGCCCUCUGUCGCUCUGCCUACUUCCAGACCCACGUGAAGGAAAACUGCUUGCACUAUGCCCGCAAGGUGGGCUACAGGUGCAUCCACUGCGGGGUCGUCCAUCUGACCUUGGCCUUGCUGAAAAGCCACAUCCAGGAGCGACACUGCCAGGUUUUCCACAAAUGUGCAUUCUGCCCCAUGGCCUUCAAGACUGCCAGCAGCACCGCGGACCACAGUGCCACUCAGCACCCCACCCAGCCUCACAGACCCUCCCAGCUCAUUUAUAAGUGCUCCUGUGAAAUGGUCUUCAACAAGAAGAGGCACAUUCAGCAGCAUUUUUACCAGAAUGCCAGCAAGACGCAGGUGGGCGUCUUCAAGUGCCCUGAGUGCCCACUCUUGUUCCUGCAGAAGCCGGAAUUGAUGCAGCACGUCAAGAGCACCCACGGUGUUCCCCGAAACGUGGACGAGCUGUCAAGCCUCCAGUCUUCGUCGGACACGUCCUCAGGCCGCCCUGGCUCUCGAGUUCCCCCUGAGCCCCCAGCCACGAGCGUGGCUGCUCGGGGCAGCUCCCUGUCGUCUAGCCGCUGGGGCAGGCCCGAGGCCCAUCGCAGGGCUGAGGCCAGGCCCCGGCUGAGGAGCACUGGCUGGGCCUGUCCGGAGUGCCAGGAGUGGGUCCCUGAUCGGGAGAACUAUGUGUCCCACAUGAGGAAGAGCCACGGCCGGACGUUGAAGCGGUACCCGUGUCGACAGUGUGAACAGUCCUUUCACACCCCCAACAGCCUGCGCAAACACAUCCGCAACAACCAUGACACAGUGAAGAAAGUCUAUACUUGUGGGUACUGCACAGAGGACAGCCCGAGCUUUCCUCGGCCCUCCCUCCUGGAGAGCCACAUCAGCCUUAUGCAUGGUAUCAGAAGCCCUGAUUUGAGCCAGACGUCCAAAGUCAGACCUCCGGGCGGACAUUCCCCUCAGGUGAGCCAUCUGAAGAGACCAGGCAGCGGAGCCGGGGACGCUCCGGGCACCAGCAAUGGCGCAGCGGUCUCUUCUACCAAAAGGCACAAGUCCCUGUUCCAGUGUGCGAAGUGCAGCUUUGCCACAGACUCGGGGCUCGAGUUUCAGAGCCACAUACCUCAGCACCAGGCGGACAGCUCCACGGCUCAGUGUCUCCUCUGUGGCCUGUGCUACACCUCUGCCAGCUCCCUCAGCCGCCACCUCUUCAUCGUCCACAAGGUGAGAGACCAGGAAGAGGAGGCGGAGCCAGAUGAGGGCUCCGGGGAGGAGGUGUCCAUGGAGACCAGGGAGAACGGACUGGAAGAAUGUGCCGGAGAGCCUUUGUUGGGCGACCCAGAGGCGAGAUCACCAGGCCCGGCUUCUGAGGAGGACGGUGCCCAAGAUGCUCAGAGUCACCCACAGGCCUCUCAGGACCAGGACAGCCACGCACCGUCCCCUCAGCUGUGACCGGAGGCUCUGCAGUGUGUGCGGCCGGGGUGGUGCCAUGGCGUCCCCCGCCCACUGCGGGGACGGUGGGAGAGAGAAGGCCCCGCCCCGGUGUGCGUGCGGCCGGCUGUGCCCUGGAGCAGUGUCUGCCCUGAGCUGCGGGUGCCCGGUGUCCCCCAGCCCCGGGAAAUGUGUGGUCGCCCAGGACCCUCACAGCUCUGAAUCUGCUUCUGUUAUUUAUGGCUUUGUGCUGCUUCUUGGUACCCCAACUCUUGUCUGUGUCCUUCCAACCCCAGGCUGCUUACGUGGCCCGGCCCCAACGCUGUCAACUCGGCUUGAAGCCCCAUCAGCGCUGUGCUCUUCUGGGAGGUUCCCGUGUGCUGCCCUCAGCCAGGGGUCUCCUCGGAGCUCUCCUUCCUGCCCGCAGAGCCGGAGAAGGGGGUGAGGGUGCUGGUGCACUCCCUCGGAGAGCUCCACCCAGGCUGGCUUGGUGAGGGCCCUUGAUCACCUUGCCCUUCCUUCCUGUCUUCUUUCUCCCCUGAAAUAGUCCUGGAGAAUGAGUUGUCACACUGGCUCCUCCUGUCUGUGGGUGGGAGAGAGUUCUGCAGCGCACCUCCGCUUGGAACCCGGAGAGCGGGCAGCGCGCCAGGGCAGGCAGGCCGCGAGAGGCGGAGCGCCGGCCGAAGGAGCUGUGCGUCCCUGUGCUGCCUUCCCCGGCUCGCGGGCUCGCGGGCCGGGGGCGCCCAGACGUUGGAAUGUUUGUUCUCUCGCUCCUGUGCCAUUAGAGAGGCUGCUGCCUCAGGCAGGUCAGCCCCUCCUCCUCUGGCUACACUCAUGUUGCUCAGACUAUAUUUCAAAUAAAAAAUCUUCUGACCAUGCA